CCAACACAGCAACAGCCGACACAGCUACAGCCGACACAACAGCUACAACAACAGCAGCCGACACCACAACAACAACAACACCACCAACAACAGCUGACACAACAACAACAACAACAGCUGGCACAACUACAGCCGAAGCAACACCACCAGCAACAGCUGGUGCUACAACAACAGCCGACGCAACUACAGCCGAGGCAAAAACACCAACAACAGCUGACACCACAACAACAACAACAACAGCCCGCACAGCAGCAACAGCUGACACAACUACAGCCCACACGACACGCGACACAACAACAACAAAAACAACAGCCGACACAACCACAGCUGACACAGCAACAACAGCAGCCGCCCUCGACACAGCAACCACAGUCGACCACACAGCCCGACCGACAACAACAGUCGGAGCGUCAACAACAGCCGGAGCGUCAACAACAACAACAACCAUCAGAACGUCAACAACAACAGUCGGAGCGUCAACAACAACAACAACAGCCGGCACGUCAACAACAACAACCAUCAGAACGUCAACAGCAGUCGGAGCGUCAACAACAACAACAGUCGGAGCGCCGCCAACAACAACAAUCGGAGUGGCGUCUCCAGUCGGCAUGGCAACAGCAACAGGCUGAGCAGCAGCAGCAGCAGCCUCUGCAAGGCCGCCAGCAACAGGCGGAUUGCCAGCAACAGGCGGAGGUGGGCGACUGUGGCCGGUUGCCACGGUUACAGCGCGGGGUGUCUCAAGAGGAGGGGCUGCUGUCGGCAGAGGAAGCUUUGUGACUCCAUCAUCAUCAGCCACGGCCACUCCACUGCUGGAUGAAGACAUCACCACCGUAGUGAUCAGUGGAGAUCACCAGUGAUCAAUAUGGAUGUCGGUAUCGCUUGUGAUCAGUGGGGAUCAAUGGUGAGAAGUCUGGAUGGUUGAGGGUCCAUUGUUACCAAUACAGACCAAUUGUGAUCAAUAAGGGCAGUGGUGAUCGAUACGAAUGAGUUGGUAUCAAUAGUGAGGCAGUAGUGACGAGGUGUGAUCAAUAGUGAGCUGUCUUGAUUGGUUGUUAUCAAUCGUCAUCAAUGUCUACUAGUGGGGAAUCAAUAUGGACCAGUGGGGAUCGAUAUUGGUCCGUAUGGAUGAGUGGGGAUCAGUAGCUGAGACCAAAGAUCUCUGUGUGUGUCUGUCUGUCUGUGUUUGUGUCUGAGUGUGUGUGUAUGAGUGUCUGAGUGUGUCUGAGUGUGUGUCUGUAUGAGUGUCUGAGUGUGUGUCUGAGUGUAUGUAUGAG